GUAAAUGAAGCAUUGUUAACUUCAUUCAUCUUUCCUCAGUUUGGACUUAAUCUGUGGCAGUCAAUGACAUAUUGACAGUUGACAGGUUAAACGUCAGAAUGUCAAACGGAGUUCAUAAAAUGUGCAUUGUAACGAUCGUAUAUAAGAUUAAUAUAAUUCUAUAGAUAAUUAGAAAUAAAUACUUGGGGGAAUAAUAGCUUUAAUGUUGUUUCUCUUUUCAGAGCAACACAGUUUUGUUUUUAUUUCGCCUCCGCAUAGAAAAUACUGUGCGUAACGCACAUUAUAAAACAACAUUCUCAGCUAUUUAUUGGCAAAGAUGGAGAAAUUGAGAUUUGAGUUUGAGGUAAAAGCAAGUAGUGACGACCCGAAGUCUAAUAUUAUUAGUGUAAAUUCUAUAACGGAUGUUGGCAAGAAUGUCUUUGUUAUCCCUGAACAAUAUCAACCAGUGAAGCUACAUGAUGCGAUUAUGGCGACAGAAACAUUCAAAACAGUAAAAAAUACAUUGCGAAGGAGACAUGACAAGAGGCAGGUGUGGAUAUCAGGGACAUCGGAUAUAACUAAAUGCUACAGAGAUGAGGAUGGUAACAUGCAGUUUAAGGGAUACUUGUUAGAAGAAAUUGCAUCGACAACCCAGGGACUGACUCCAGCGGCUGGAAUAUCCGAAGAGGCAUUAUCAAGGAUUCUUGAAAGUUUUGCUGAAAUUAAAAGUGACAAGUUAGUUUUAACUAAUAGCAUGAAAAAUUUAAAGGAGAAGUUUGUUAUGGAAAAAUUCACAAGAAAGAUGUCUAAUGUAAUGCAGUGGAUUAUGACAUUUGAAGCUGAAUGUGCGCGCUUAGGAAUAGAAGAAGAUACGAAGCGGAUUGAAGCUCUUAGGUUAUUUUUAGAUGAUUCAUGUCAAGACUGGUAUGGUGCCAUGCUAAUAAAGCAUACAGUUGAUUCGGAAUGGUCCUUGUGGAAAAAAAACUUUUGUGAGACUUAUGCGGACAAAAGUUGGUCACCAGUCAGGUAUGCACUACUAUUUAGAUAUAGACAGGGCUCAUUGUUAGAAUAUGCUUUAAAAAAGGAAAGAAUGUUAUUAGAGAUGAACAAAAAUAUGGAUAAAUCAACUUUGAUAGAUCUCAUUGCAAUAGGGUUGCCAAAUUUCAUAGCAGAUAAGAUUGAUAGGAAUACCUUAAAAGAGACUGAGGAUUUAUUUAGUAACAUAAGAGGGUUGGAACAUUUAGUGGAAAAGAAAAUUUGGGAUAAAAAAAUUGUUGGUUCUGAUAAUAAAGCGAAAGACAAAAAUCUGAAGGAACCUUGUAGAUUGUGUGAAAAGGAAAAUAGAGGAAAGAGAUAUCAUCCGGAGUCUUCAUGCUGGUUUAAAAAUAAAAGUGGUGAUAGACGGGAUCAAAUAAGGAGUGUUAAUAAUUUCACUUUGGAGACCGAAUUGAAUGAGGUCGACCCAAAAAACUCGACAUUCCGCCAUUAAUCAAAAUUAGUUUGCUAAUAAAUGAUACUUUAAAAGUGUUAGGAGUUUAUGAUCCAGGUUCUAAUGUAUCUUUGAUAAACUUAAGAUUAUUGUCCUUGAAAAAAAACACUAGUACUGGUAGUAUAAGUAGUGCAGGCUUUAAGACGAUUAAUGGCGUUAGAAAAUCAAAAGGAAUGGUAACGUUAAAGAUAAAAAUAUUUGAUAUUGAAAAAAAGGUAAAUGUUUUUGUAAUGGAUGGAGAAAACUUCGAUUCCGAUUUCUUAAUUGGAUUAGACUGCAUACGAGAGUUUAGAUUGUGUCAAAAUGAAAAAUUGGAGAUUUCACAGAGUAUUCCCAUUCGGGAACAAGUUGCUGAAGAUGUCUUACCCUUCAGAGAUGCAGAAAUAAUUCCUGGCUUAGCAGGUAGCAAAUUUGAAGGGCAAAAACAGCACAAUACGGAUAUAGACAUAUGUAAUUUGGGGAAAAUUGGAAAUGAAGGUAGUUACGAGUGUCAUGUAAAUUUUAAUGAACACAUAGAAGUUGACAAUUUUAGUGUUUCAGUUGAUCACUUGGAUAUACAUCAGCAGACGGAAAUAAGCGAAUUAAUUAGCAAGUAUACGUCACUUUUUGCUAGGGACAAGUAUGACAUAGGUACUGUGAAGGAUUAUGAGGCGCAUAUUGAUUUGUUAGUAGAUAGAUAUUGCAGUAAGAGGCCCUACAGAUGUACCAUUGAGGAUAGAAAAGAAAUAGAGCAGCAGGUAUCAAUGUUAUUAAAAAAAAAUUUGAUUGAAGAGUCUUAUAGCCCUUUUGCAGCCCCAGUAACAUUGGCCUACAAAAGAGAAGAAGGGAGAAAGUCUAGAUUAUGUGUAGAUUUCCGGGAUUUAAAUAAAAUCGUGGUUCCCCAAUCACAACCUUUUCCUUUAGUUGAGGAUUUAAUGGUCAAAACAAGAAACUGUAGAUUUUUUUCCACUUUAGAUAUAAAUUCAGCGUUUUGGUCGAUCCCACUGAGAAUUGAAGAUAGAAAUAAAGUAGCAUUUGUUACGCAGGAAGGCCAUUUUCAGUGGACAUGUUUACCAUUUGGCCUAAAGACUUCACCUGCAAUUUUUCAGAGGAUAUUGAGUAGUAUAAUUAGGAAGCACGGGCUGUCAGAUUUCACAGUAAAUUAUAUUGACGAUAUCUUGGUACUCUCUGAAACAUUUGAAGACCAUAUUAAACACCUAUCACUGUUAUUAGAAUCGAUUUCAAAGGAGGGUUUUAGGCUUAAAUUUUCGAAAUGUACCUUUGCUCAAGACUCGGUCAAGUACUUAGGUCACAUAAUAAUGAAUAACACAAUUACUCCAUUAAAAGAUAAUUUAAUUGCGAUAAAAGAUUUCCCUGAACCGAAAACACAAAAAAAUGUU